AUGGCAGCGGGCGCGGCAUGGCUGGCGUGCGCGCUGCUGCAGGUGCUGGGCGCACAGGCGGGCGGCGGUGACGGCGGCGGCGGCGGCGACCGGCGCGCCGUGGUGGCCGGCGAGGUGCGGUUCGGCGCGCUGUUUGCCGUGCACGGCGCGCCCGUGGAAGCGCGCGCGGGCUCUCGCUGCGGCGCCGUGCGCGAGCACUACGGCAUCCAGCGCGUGGAGGCGACGCUGCGCGCGCUGGACGCCAUCAACGCGGACGCCGCGCUUCUGCCGGGGCUGCGGCUGGGCGCGGAACUGCGCGACUCGUGCUGGGCGCCACCCACGGCGCUGCGGCAGACCAUCGACCUGGUGCGGGAUGCGCUCUCGCCGCCCGAUCCCGCCGACUCCGACGCCCGUGCUUCCAAACUGUCGUCUACGUGCAGUCAGGAAGCUGGUGGAGCGCGCAAUACCGGACAUCGGGCUCCGUUGCUGGGCGUGCUAGGGCCUGGCGCUAGUUCAGCUUCGGUACAAGUCCAGAACUUGCUACAACUAUUUUCCAUACCACAGGUGUCGUACUCGGCGACGUCGCGCGAGCUGUCGGACCGCGCGCGCUUCUCCACGUUCUUCCGCGUGGUGCCGUCUGACCUGCAUCAGGCUCGCACCAUGGUGGCGUUGUUGCGCGCGCACAACUGGACCUACGUGCAUGCAGUACACACUGAUGAGAGCUACGGGCAAAGCGGAAUGGCAGCAUUCCGUGAAGAGGCCGCACGUGGUGGAGUGUGUGUGGCGCGCGAGGAAGCACUGCGGGCAGCGCCGGGCGCCGUGGAGGUGGACCGCACGCUGCGGCGGCUGGCCAGCGGGCCGCAGGUGGUGGUGUGCUGGUGCGAGGGCCGCACGGCGCGCGCGUUGCUGGCGGGGCUGGCGCGCGCGGGCGGCCCGGCGCUGCGGCUGGUGGCCAGCGACGGCUGGGCCGACCGGCGCGACGUGGUGGCGGGCCUCGAGCGAGCGGCCAACGACGCGCUCACCCUGCGCAUCCGCUCGCCGUACCUGCGCGACUUUGAUUCCUACUACCAUUCUCUAAAACCGCAUACUAAUUUAAGAAACCCAUGGUUCACGGAAUUUUGGGAACAAAAGUUCAACUGUUCCAUGUCUGACAAAUCUGAAGUCGGAAUACGUCGAUGUACAGGGCUUGAAUCCCUCGGAACAGACUACACACAAGAGCCAAAACUGGCAUUGGUAGUGAGAGGCGUGUACGCGCUGGCGCACGCUCUGCACGACAUGCGCGCGGCGGCGUGCGGCGCGCGCGGGCCGGGGCUGUGCGCGGCGCUGCGGCCCUUCAACGUGUCCCUGUACCGCCGGCACCUGGCGCGCGUCCGCUUCCGCGCGCCCGACGGCGGCUUAGUCGCUUUCGAUGACAACGGAGACCCCUUACCGGAAUUGAGCGAAUACGAUGUGAUGAACUUGAUGAGUGACGGUAGCGGAGGCUGGCGGUACGAGCGCGUGGGGCGGUGGCGGCGCGGAGCCUUGCAGCUGCGAGGAGGAGACGCUGCCGCCGCCAGGCGUGCGGCGGGCGUGCAGGCGGCGUGCUCGGCGCCGUGCGGCGCGGGCCAGUGGGCGCGCGCGGGCGAGGGCCGGGCGCGCUGCUGCUGGGCCUGCGUGCCGUGCCCGCCGCUCGCCGUCACCGGCCCGCCGCCGGCCACCGGCUGCCUGCUCUGUCCGCCCGGACAUCGUCCUGACGUCCAUCGCACUAGUUGCCUACCAUCUCCCGUGGAGUGGGGAGGGUCGGAGCAGUGGGCGCGGUCGGUGGCGCUGGGCGCGGGCGGCGCGGGGCUGGCGGCGGUGCUGGCGUGCGCGGCGACGUUCUGGCGGCACCGCGCCACGCCGGUCGUCAAGUCGGCGUCGCGCGAGCUGUGCGCGCUGCUGCUGCUCUCGGCCGCCGCGUGCCACGCCGCGGCGCUGGCGUCGGCGCUCCGGCCUGCGGUCAUACCUUGCAUUGCGGUGCGCCUAGCGGCACCAUCUUUGGCCGGCGUGUAUGCAGCAGUGCUGGCGAGGACAGUGCGGGUGGCUCGCCUGGUCGCUGCUGCAGAGCGGCGACCGGCUGCCCGACCUAGACUGUUAUCGUCACGAGCACAGGUGUGGACAUGGGUGUGCCUGACGGCGCCGGGCGCGGCGGCGGCGGCGUGGAGCGCGGCGGCGUGGGCGCCGGCGCCGCGCCUGCUGCACCCGGGCCGCGCGCGCUCCGUGCUGGCGUGCGGCGGCGAGCGCGCGCCCGCGCAGCUGCUGCCGCUGGCGCCCGCGCUGGCGCUGCUCGCCUCCUGCGUCGUGCUGGCCGUGCGCACGCGCCGUCUGCCGCACAAUUUUAACGAGACCAAGUUCGUGGGCGCGGCGGCGUACGCGACGUGCGUGACGUGGGUGGCGUUCUUCCCGCUGUACGCGGCGACGGCGGCGCGCACGGCGGCGCUGUGCGCGUGCGUGUCGCUGUCGGCGGGCGCGUGCGUGCUGCUGGCGCUGGGCCCGCGCGUGUGGGUGUGCCUGUGCCGGCCGCGCCGCAACACGCGCGCGCACUUCCUCACGGCCACCUCCAUCCGCUGCCACCUGGGCAAGUACCGCCCCGGCGCGGAGCCGCCAUCCGCUGCAGACUCGCCUCGGGCGAUCGUUGCACAUCGUGAUACCAGCUGCCAAACCGAGGCCCGAGGCGCAGGCGAGGGUGCGGAAGAGGGUGCGGGCGCGGGGCCGGGCGGCUGGUGCGCGGCGGCCGGCGCGUGCGCCCGCGUGACGCGCGCGCCCCUCGACGACGGCGGCGACGGCGGCGGCGACGCCGACGUGCUCAUCGUGCUGCUGCAUCAUCACCAUGCCGUGCCUCCAGCGAUCUCGGACCACAGCCUACCGUAG